AUGGCACCAAAUUCGACCGGACCAUCGGGUGCAAGUUCGAGUGUCAAGUUCAAACACCUCGAUCAAAUUUACAGCUGCCACUUUGUGGGGAAUGUUGAUCAAAAAGACCUCUCUUCGACCGAAAGCAGUUACCAGUCGGAUCUUGAGAGUACCGUAGCCACUCUCUGGUCGUUAGGAGACACAUAUACAAAGCAAAAUAAGAUGAAAUGUCUUUAUCAGUCAUCCAGUGAUUACUGGAAGUACUGCUUCUGUCUCGAUGGUAAUAUUACACAGUUUAGAGGAUUCAAGAAACUUUUCGGCGCAUCCACUGAUACAUCUUUGAUAGACCCGGAGAAACCCUUUUUUUCUUUGGGAAGUUUCGAGAACGCAAACAAGAAGGAUUAUACAAAUUUCAAUUUAGUUUCGAAUUAUGAUGGUCCAAUCUAUCUCGAGCAAACUAUCGGCGGAGGAGAUAUUUGUGACAAGACAGGUAAACAAAGACUUUCCACCAUCCGAUAUCGCUGCGAUGAGACCUACUCAGGAGCAAAGUUACUAUCGGUCAGAGAAAUCAAAACUUGCCGCUACGAGGUUCAGGUUUACCUUCCAGAAAUCUGUAGUUCACCAUUGUUCAAAAGCCGACCUUCGAAACGAGAGCAAGUCAUUUGUGAAGCUCAGUAUACUGCUGCAUCUUUGAAGCCAGAGAACAUUUUGGACAUCAAGUCUGUUAACCUUAUUCCUCUUGGAUACAGCAUUUUCCUGGGAUUAGACGAAACAAACCCGGAUCGACCUAAUGUCUUAGUAACAAACAAACGAGUUCCUGAUAUCAGUACCUCGGAUAUUGUUCACGAGUUACUUGGCGACGCAGCAAAUGCAUUUGCAAACCUAAUUUCAAAAUCCUUGAUAUUUCAUCCCCACCAAACCGAGCCUGGAAGAUAUGUAUCUGGCAAAGACUCUUUUACUUACACCACGUCAGUUUUCGGCGUAGGUGGAAUACAUCUGUUCGAUAUGAUGAUACUACAGGACGAUAGAGGCAAAAUUGUCGCUCAGUUAAUUUCGGACGGCGCAACACCCAAAAACUUUAUCGAAUUCAAUGGUGUUGAACUAUAA